UGUCGUCCUUUUGCGACAUACUUGGAUAUGAUGCUGUGUAAUACAUCGGUUAGAGUUCUGAACUUCAGAAAGAAUGUUUGUUUACUAAGUCAUUUAUUUUAGAAUUUUAUCAGGCAACGCCUGCCGCAAUACGUGCUGAUGAAUUUUCCUACAGAAACAAUGUCCUGGCUUAGUAUGGGACAGCCAGGAAAGGUUGAUACAUUCCACAUAAUUGAUAUGAAGUCUUAAAAAAUUAUUAUUUCCACCCCAUGGCUAUGGCGGUAGUUGGAGCCAGAACAAAUCGACACAACAUUAUGGCAUUUCCAGGUAUGACAGCUGCAACGUCGACACAAGCGAUUAUUGCAGCAACACAAACUUUCUACCAUCCUCCUAUUACAACGCAAGAUAUUCAACCCGACAGACCUAUAGGAUAUGGAGCAUUUGGAGUAGUUUGGUCAGUAACAGACCCCAGAGAUGGUCGAAGAGUUGCUCUUAAGAAAAUGCCAAAUGUCUUCCAAAACUUGGUUUCCAGUAAAAGAGUAUUUAGGGAAAUAAAAAUGCUUUGUUUUUUCAAGCAUGAAAAUGUUCUAUCUGCAUUAGAUAUUUUGCAGCCUCAUAACAUAGAUUUUUUCCAAGAAAUUUAUGUUAUCACUGAAUUAAUGCAAACAGAUCUUCAUAAAAUUAUUGUCUCCCCCCAACCUUUGACAGCUGACCAUGUUAAAGUGUUUCUGUACCAAAUUUUAAGAGGUUUGAAAUACUUGCAUUCUGCAAACAUUUUGCAUCGAGAUAUAAAACCUGGAAAUCUUCUUGUUAACAGCAAUUGUGUCUUAAAGAUUUGUGACUUUGGGCUUGCUAGAGUGCAAGAACCUGAUGAGAAUAAACAUAUGACGCAGGAAGUUGUUACUCAAUACUACAGGGCUCCUGAAUUACUGAUGGGUGCCUCACAUUAUUCUUCCUCGGUUGAUAUAUGGUCUGUUGGAUGUAUCUUUGCUGAACUUCUUGGACGCCGUAUUUUGUUUCAAGCCCAGACCCCUAUACAGCAACUGGAGCUAAUAACAGAUUUACUCGGUACCCCAUUACCAGAAGACACUAAGACUGCUUGUGAUGGAGCAAGGUCUCACAUAUUGCGGCGACCUCAUAAAUUACCUUCCUUGGCUGCACUAUACACUCUAUCAACUCAAGCAACGCAUGAAGCUGUGCAUCUACUGUGUCAGAUGCUUGUUUUUAAUCCUGAUAAGCGAAUUUCAUGCUCUGAUGCUUUAACACAUCCUUAUAUGGAUGAAGGGAGACUUCGAUAUCAUUCCUGUAUGUGCCGUUGCUGCCAGACCACACCUGCUGGUCGCCAGUAUGUUGCAGAUUUUGAACCUGUCUCCCCUCAUGUGUUUGAUGAUUGUUUUGAAAAAGAUUUGACUUCAGUGCAUCAAGUAAAAGAUCGCUUAUAUCAAUUUAUAUAUGAACGUUACAAAGGUCUCUAUCGUAUGCCACUUUGUAUUAAUCCUCAUUCUGCAGCUUUUAAAAGUUUUACCAGGGAAUUUCCACAAAACAGUCAUAUAAUUUCUCUGUAUAAAUGACUGAUUCCUUGAUGUCU